AUGUCAUUAUCAUUAAGAUUUGGAGCUGUUACAUCCCUUCAAGAAUCAUUAUGGGGUUUGGUUCCACGUUUACCUUCUAUAACUAUUCGUCUUGGAUUACAAAAUAAACUCGGCAAUCAACAAUCACUUCCUAUGGAUGAAAGAUUAAGAGAAUUGAAAGAAAAAAUUGAAGAAUCUGGAGAAGCUCCAUUUAUGAUUGAUAAUGGUACAAUUUUAAAAGCUGUUCCUAAAAAGAAAAUGUCUAGAGCUAGAAGAAGAAAGAAGUUGUAUGCUUCAGGGAAUAAACAAGUCCAUCCUAUAAAUAAUAUUGUUAGAUGUUCGGCAUGUGGGAGUGUUAAACGUUCUCAUUUCAUGUGUAUGAAUUGUUUUGCUGAAAUUAGAACUUUUUUGAAAAGUUUAAAGAGAAAGAAUGGAUUACUUGAAGAACCAGUUAAUCCACAAAGUGAUUUGAAUCCACUAGAUGAAAGAGUUAUUUAUCCUGGUAAAUUUGAAACUGAUGAACAAAGAAGAUUGAAAUCUAAAGAUUGGGUUCCACAAAGAGAAGAAGCAGGAUUGUACAAUCAUCAAGAAGUUAAACAUAUUAAAAAGAGCAACAAAGGUCCAGUUAUGGUUAAACUUGAAUAG